CGUCAUUAAAGGCUCGGCGGGCUGGACUAGCGGGCAUCAUUCCCGGCUGGAGCCAUGGCCACCUGCCUGCAGCUCUACACCGGGGCCAGGAUGCCCCUCGUGGGGCUGGGCACAUGGAAGUCUGCAGCUGGGCAGGUAAAAGCUGCAGUGAUGGCUGCCAUCGAUGCCGGGUACCGCCAGUUUGACUGUGCCUACGUGUACCAGAAUGAGAGUGAGAUUGGGGAGGGGAUCCAGCAGAAAAUCAAGGAAGGUGUUGUGAAAAGAGAAGAUCUCUUCAUUGUCAGCAAGCUGUGGUCCACUUUUCAUGAGAAGUCUCUGGUGAAGGGAGCCUGCCAGAAGACUCUUGCUGACCUGAAAUUGGAUUACCUGGAUCUCUACCUCAUGCAUUGGCCUCUGGGGUUCAAGGCAGGAGAGGAGCUGUUUCCUGCAGAUGACAAAGGCAUGGCUAUACCCAGCAACACAGAUUUUCUAGAUACAUGGGAGGCCAUGGAGGAGCUGGUGGAUGCUGGCCUGGUAAAAGCCAUUGGAGUCUCCAACUUCAACCACGAGCAGAUGGAAAGGAUCUUGAACAAGCCAGGACUGAAGCACAAGCCUGCAAACAUCCAGAUCGAGUGCCAUCCAUACCUCACCCAGGAGAAGCUGGUGAACUACUGCCAGUCCAAAGGGAUUGCUGUGACAGCCUACAGCCCCCUGGGCUCUCCUGACAGACCAUGGGUUAAGCCAGAGGAUCCUUCCCUUCUGGAUGACCCCAAGAUCAAGGAAAUUGCAGCCAAGCACAACAAAUCCACAGCCCAGGUUCUCCUUCGCUUCCAGAUCCAGAGAAAUGUGAUUGUGAUUCCCAAAUCUGUCACCCCACAGCGCAUUGUGGAGAACUUCCAGGUGUUUGACUUCAAACUGACCAAAGAGGAGAUGGCAACUAUUUUCAGCUUUAACAGAAACUGGAGAGUCUACACAAUGAGCAUGGGCAAAACUCACAAGGACUACCCAUUCAAUGCAGAAUACUGA